AUGCUGCUUUGGGUUGUCCUGCUGAACGCGGCGGCUCUUUGUGUUGCCAGCGGGAACGUGACAAGGGACGUGUGUCAGGAGCAGAUAUGCUCGUGCACAGAGGUCGAGGGAGACGUGCAUGUCGGCUGCGAAAAAAGGAGCUUCACCACGCUGCAGCACCUCACCGGGCCCAGCUCGCAUUUUUACCACUUGCUGCUGCACGGCAACUCGCUGUCCAGGCUCUUCCCCAACGAGUUCGCCAACUUUUACAACGCAGUCAGCUUGCAUUUGGAGAAUAACGGGCUGCACGACAUAGUCCCGGGCGCCUUUUUGGGGCUGCAGCUGGUCAAAAGACUGCACAUUAACAACAACAAGAUCCGCUCCUUCAGGAAGAGUACCUUUUUGGGCCUGGACGACUUGGAAUACCUGCAAGCUGAUUUUAAUCUCUUAAGGGACAUCGACCCAGCUGUGUUCAGGGACCUGAACAAACUUGAAGUGUUAAUACUUAAUGACAACCUCAUCAGCGCGCUACCCAUAAACGUGUUUCAACACGUGCCCGUUACGCAUCUUGACCUACGGGGGAACCGAAUCAAAACGUUGCCUUAUGAAGGGAUCCUUGAGCAGAUUCCGGGCAUUGUGGAGGUUCUGCUGGAAGACAACCCCUGGGACUGUAACUGUGACCUGGUUUCCCUCAAAGAAUGGCUGGAGAAUAUCCCGCCCAACGCGCUCAUCGGGAGAGUGGUCUGCGAGGCUCCCACCAGGCUGCAAGGGAGCGACCUGAACGAGACGUCUGAAGAGGAACUGUGCCCUUCGCAGAGAGGCGGAGCAGACACCAGCCUGGUGGCCCCUCCCACGCAGGAUGAGACCUCAGGCCCCGUGGCGCAGGGCGGCGGCGGCGGCCCACGUCCGACGCCUUACAAGCCCAGCGCCGAUGCCGGCGGGCCACCGACGCCUGGCGCUCACGGAGCCAAGAGCCGUUCCAAAUCACGUGAGAACUGGCAGCUGAAGACCAAGCCCACGCCGGGGCCGACAGGUGCGAGCGAGGCCGAGGAGCAGCUUCGCAACGCCGCCUGCCCGCAGCCGUGCAACUGCAAGCUGGUGGGCUCCAGACAGGGGCUGGGGGUCAACUGCGAGGGCAAAAAGAUCGAGAGCUUGUCCAACCUGAAGCCGAGGCCGCUGGCCGCCCACGAGCUGAACAUGCGAGACAACAACAUCCACGCGGUGAAAAAGACUCAGCUGCUGGGCUACGCCAGCCUCAACCUGCUCGAUCUCGGCGGGAACAACAUCAAAGCGAUGGACAACGGCACUUUCCAGAACCAGACCGAGCUGAGGUGGCUGUACAUGGAUAAGAAUUAUCUGGAUACGCUCACGGCGGAAAUGUUUGCCGGCCUCGUCAACCUGGAAUACCUCAGUUUGGAAUACAACGACAUCCAGCUGAUCAUGGCGGGCGCGUUCGGCCCCAUGCCCAACCUGAGGGUUCUCUUUCUCAACAACAACUUGCUCAAGUCCUUGCCGCCGGAUACGUUCCUUGGGAUUUCCUUGUCCAAAAUAAGCCUGCACAACAAUUACUUCUCCUAUCUGCCUGUCGCGGGCGUGUUGGACCAGCUCAACUCCAUCAUUCAGAUUGAUUUGCACGGGAAUCCGUGGGAUUGCUCCUGCAACAUCGUGCCCUUCAAGCAGUGGACCGAGAAACUCGGAGCUGACGUCAUCGUGAGCGAUCUCAAGUGCGAGUCGCCGGAAGAGUUCUGGAAACGCGACUUCCGCUACGUGCGGAAUGACCUCAUGUGUCCCAGACUCUAUGAGCGGAUCCCCCCUCCCACCUCCCUGUCUAAAAACAGCACCUUCACGCUGGACUCGGGCACGCGCUCAAACUCUUAUAUUGAGCCCAACCGGGUCUCCAUUUCCGUGCUCGUCCCCGGCUUGCUACUGGUGUUUGUCACGUCCGCAUUCACGGUUGUCGGCAUGCUCGUCUUCAUCCUGCGGAACCGCAAGCGGUCCAAGCGGCGGGACGGCAACUCGUCUGCCUCCGAGAUCAACUCCCUGCAGACAGUGUGCGACUCAUCGUAUUGGCACAGUGGUGCCUACCACGCGGAUGCGGGGGCUCAGCGAGGCUUUGACUGCACCACGCAUCUCUCCGCGACAAACGAUGCGUAA